AUGCCCAAACGCCAGAAUGCCAAUACCGCCAGGUUUGGUCAGGUUUGGCCCGCGAAUCGUUUUCGGGUCGAGUCCCCCUCUCCCAUGUUCCCCCAGCCAGCCGUCCACUUCCUUCGCAGUCCGGCCCUCCGUAGCCUCCUCCUCCUCCUCCUUCGACCACUUCUCGAAUCACCCUCUUUUCCCUCUCCUUUUCUUGCUGCGCGUCCUUUCUCUUCCCUCCGAUCCUCCUUCCACCCCUUCCCCAUUUCGUUUGUUCCAGACUCAACUUUCCUCGAUCCUAACCGUCUCGACUCCUCGCCUUCUUUUCUCCUCCUCGUCCUCCUCGCGAUCCCGUCGCCCUCCCUUCUUGUCCAUCUCGACGGGACCCUACUCAUUGACGAACCACCCGAAACCACUCCCACCGCGCACAUCGUGUCUCUCUGGCCAUCGUAUCUCGAAUCGCCUUGGGCCUUUUCUCCGGCUGCCACCUUUCUCGCGACGAUUUCCACAUUCCUCGUCGCUCCACCCUUCAGCACACCGGACACGCGCAUUCGGCCAAGGUUUUCUUUCUCCCCAAGAGAGCCAUCCCUACCCGUCUGA